CAAAAACAUAUAAUUAAACAUUUUAAUCUACAAAGAUACUUUCCUACCCGACAAAGUUCCAAACUAAACACCAUAUUUCUGUCAAAAUGAACUCGUGUGUGCAAACUGACUUUAAUUCGCUUCUCGUGAGCGAGAUGUGACGAGAGUCACGUGCAGUUUCUAGUCAGCUGAAGCCAGGAGGAAGUGGCUCCGAGCUAACGUGGGUAACACUAACAUUAGCCUGGUUUCUGUUUAAAUGACAGUUUUUAAACUUUGGAAUUGUCGUUGAAGUUCUGUAUUGACGUUCGUGGACCAAGUUAACGACGCAAUUUGCGUGGAAAGGGGCCCUAGUCUCUUGGCAACUACUUAGCUACGGAGCUAACUGUCAACUGUUGUUUUGGUCUUGGAGAUAUUUGACAGUGAGGACAAAUUCUGUCUUCUUUGACUUCUGCUUGGUUUGUGAAUGUUGAAACUACUCAAUUUGGUUCGUGAACGUUAAUAUACUCCGGUUAGUUCAUGAAGGCACCACCACUACCACCGUGACCAGCGGCCACUCAGUGGAGCACUCGGCCGUCGAGCCUCGCCUCACUCUCGGUUUGGAACCACCGGAGCGCCCUGCUGUCAGUCAAGAUGCACGACGCCUAUGAGCCGGUGCCGAUUUUGGAGAAGCUUCCACUCCAGAUUGACUGUAUGGCGGCCUGGGAGGACUGGUUGCUUGUUGGAACCAAGCCAGGACACCUUCUUUUGUACAGGAUUAAAAAGGAUGCAGCCACCAACCUCUUCGAAGUCACACUUGAGAAGUCCAACAAGAACUUUUCCAAGAAAAUCCAGCAACUCUACGUUGUUUCGCAGUACAAAAUACUCGUCAGUCUUCUAGAGAACAAUAUCCACGUCCACGACCUGCUGACAUUCCAGCAAAUUACUGUAGUGUCCAAAGCCAAGGGAGCCACGCUGUUUGUUUGCGACUUGCAGCAAAGCAGCACUGGAGAGGAAACGCUGAGAAUGUGUGUUGCCGUAAAGAAGAAGUUGCAGAUGUACUACUGGAAGGAUCGAGAAUUCCACGAGCUGCAGGGAGACUUUGGCACUCCAGAUAUUCCAAAGUCCAUGGCCUGGUGCGAGAGCUCCAUCUGCGUCGGCUUCAAAAGAGACUAUUACCUCAUCCGGAUGGACGGUCGCGGCACCAUCAAGGAGCUCUUUCCAACUGGCAAACAGCUGGAGCCGCUAGUCACCCCUCUGGCAGAUGGCAAGGUCGCUGUCGGGCAGGACGACCUCACUGUGGUGCUGAAUGAGGAGGGGAUUUGCACCCAGAAGUGUGCCCUAAAUUGGACGGACAUCCCCAUAGCUAUGGAGCACCAGCCUCCAUACAUCAUCGCAGUACUGCCCCGCUAUGUGGAGAUCCGAACUUUGGAGCCCCGGCUUCUGGUGCAGAGCGUGGAGCUGCAGAGGCCUCGUUUCAUCACGUCGGCUGGGCCAAAUGUUGUGUACGUAGCCAGUAACCAUUUUGUGUGGCGUUUGGUGCCCGUGUCUAUCGCCACGCAAAUCCGGCAGCUGCUGCAGGACAAGCAGUUUGAGCUCGCUCUUCAGCUGGCAAAGAUGAAAGACGACUCGGACGGUGACAAAAAACAGCAGAUCCAUCACAUCCAGAACCUCUUUGCCUUCAAUCUGUUUUGCCAGAAGCGAUUUGACGACUCUAUGCAGGUCUUUGCCAAACUGGGCACAGAUCCCACCCAUGUGAUCGGCCUGUACCCGGACCUGCUUCCGUCCGAUUAUCGCAGGCAGUUGCACUACCCCAACCCCCUCCCUGCACUAUCUGGAGCAGAGCUGGAGAAGGCCCACCUGGCACUCAUCGAUUACCUCACGCAGAAACGCAGCCACCUGGUGAAACAGCUCAACGACUCGGACCCAUCCACAACAUCGCCACUCAUGGAGGGCACGCCCACCAUCAAGAGUCGCAAGAAGCUGCUGCAGAUCAUCGACACCACGCUGCUUAAAUGCUAUCUGCACACCAAUGUAGCCUUGGUUUCGCCCCUACUGCGCCUGGAAAACAACCACUGCCACAUCGAAGAAAGCGAGUAUGUGCUAAAGAAGGCGCACAAGUACAGCGAACUCAUUAUUCUCUACGAGAAGAAAGGCCUGCAUCAGAAAGCUCUGCAGGUUCUAUUGGACCAAUCCACCAAGGCCAACUCUCCCCUGAAGGGCCACGAGCGCACCGUGCAGUACCUCCAGAGGCUGGGUGUUGAGAAUCUGGGUAUGAUCUUUGAGUUCGCUCCCUGGGUGCUGAAGAUCUGUCCCGAAGAUGGGCUAAAGAUCUUUACGGAGGACCUGACCGAAGUGGAGACGUUGCCACGGGACAAGGUGCUCAACUUCCUAAAAGAGGGCUUCAAGGAACUGGCCGUCCCAUACUUGGAGCACAUCAUCUACGUGUGGGACGACAAGGGCCCCGAGUUUCACAACACCCUCAUUCAGCUCUACCUAGAGCGCGUCCAAGGCCUGAUGAAGCAGUACCUUAACUCGCUGCCAGAAGGAGUCGCGGCUGUGCCGGCGGGCAUGGAGAAAGGUGAGCUGGGAGAGUUUCGGAACAAGCUUCUAUCCUUUCUGGAUAUCUCCAGCAGUUACGAGCCGGCGCGACUCAUCAGCAACUUUCCCUUCGACGGCCUUCUGGAGGAACGGGCGCUGCUGCUGGGUCGCAUGGGGAAGCACGAGCAGGCGCUCUUCAUCUACGUUCACGUCCUGAAGGACACGCACAUGGCCGAGGAGUACUGUCACAGCCACUACAGCAGCUCAGUGGAAACCGAUAAAGACGUGUAUCUGUCCCUGCUGAGGAUGUACCUGUCCCCCCCGGACGCGCGCUGCCUCGGGCCCAUCAAGAUGGAAUUGUCGGAACCCCAGGCCAACCUGCAGGCCGCCCUCCGGGUGCUGGAGCUGCACCACAGCAAGCUUAACACCACCAAGGCCAUCAACCUGCUGCCGGCCAACACUCAGAUCCGCGAGAUCCGAGUCUUCUUGGAGAGCGUCCUGGAGGAGAAGGCCGAGAGGAAACGCUGCAACCAAGUGCUCAAGAGUCUACUGCAGGCGGAGUUCCUCAGGGUGCAGGAGGAGCGCAUCUUUCAACAGCAGGUCAAAUGUGUCAUCACGGACGAGAAGACGUGCAGAGUUUGCAAAAAGAAGAUAGGAAACAGCGCGUUUGCCAGGUACCCCAACGGCGUGGUGGUGCACUACUUUUGCUGCAAAGACCGCAACGCGUGUCCAGCAGAGUAACACUCCGACACAACAUCCUCUUUCACAACAACUCCGAAAUGAAAGAAAAAGGAAAAGAUUCCUGGAAUUAGACUUUUUUGGGUGGCCUUUUCCAUAGAGGACGCUGGACUGUUAUGCCUUUUUUCAGAUUUUUUUCGGCAUUUUGAUUUCUGCUCACACAAAGACUCCAGUUUCAAGUGUUUUCAUUUUCACCACUAAUAUUUUUUUCUUUUGCCUGUUAUGUUCAAUCCUAAUUGUACAUUUUCACCUCACAGAUUAUUUAUUGCUUGAAAGAGAGUCAAAGGACGAAAGUUUCUUGCGUGCAUUUGUGAUUUUUAUUUAACGCAAACAACGGAUUGCCACAUCCGACGCGCCGAAUGUUUGCGAACAUCCUGCUACACUUUUCUAACUUUGUUUCAAGUUUGUUUGUCCCGGCUUUAAUUUCUAAUAAAGAUUUUGCAGCAGGAUUUGACUGUUAGCCUUCAGACACAAUAAAAUAACAAAGCAAA